CAAAAUGAAAACAAUUGAGAAACUAAAGAAUAACAAAGACUUUAAGCCACAUAUAGUCCCUAUCAGCAUAUAUUGAAAUAGUGAUAAUACUUGAACAAUGGGACACCCUCCUUACCAGCCCAAUAUCACCCAUAUGUGCACUGUGUGCACCUUCUGUGUGAUUGCUGAAUGUCUCUGCUGCAAGAAUUUAAUCACUGUGGGAUGAAUAAAGGCUUAUCUUAACACUUGAAGUUUGAAUUUUUUUUUUCAAACUUCCAUGAAGUUCAUUUCAAGACAUUUUCAUCCCUAAAUCUACCAUACUUCAUACGUGGUCAAAAGUCACUCCUGAAAGCUCGUACAGCAUUGGAUCUAUACAGAAACAUAUCAAUGAACCAAAAAAUUAUAUAAACCUACAAAAACUAAACAGUGUGUGGCUGAAAUGUUAAGAAGAUAUUCAUGAUCUGUAUUUCCUUUGAGUUUUUUAUUUGAUGUACAAUCAUGCUGCAAUUUUAUUUAAAUGUAAAGGAACAAGUGUAGCUUCAAGCAAAAUGUAAAUAUAUAACUAUAACAAGGCCAUAACUACCCUUGAGGACACCGAGGUCGUGUCCUCGGUAUUUUUUUCUUUUUCUUCUUUUUUUUUUUUUGCUUAAAUUGUGGUAUAUGAACUUAAAAUAAAUUACACGUGAAAAUGACUGUAGGACGAUGAUCUUGGUCUCCCACAAAACCGUAAGGUGAUUUUAUAUUUGAAGAGCCAAGAGUUGGGCAUACGUGCUACGCGUCAUCAACAACACGCACUGUCGCUAUGAUAUUUCAAAUACCCGUUUCUCACCCCAAGCAGCUAUUUUGUUCAGAGCCCCCUGGAUCUGCCGAGUUAUUAUUUUUACAUUCCUUCCCCUUUUCCAGACAGCGCUGUCAUCCGCAAACAAAGAAAACUCAAGGCCAGCCUCAGUAUCUUGAAAUAUAUAAUUUAUCAUAAUAUUAAAUAAGAGAGGACUUUCUUCGGGGGGGAUAAGCAUAUGCUGAGUUUGCAGAUCUCCAAAGCAGUGGAACCUUUUAAAUGAGACGGACCACAACUCGUUUCACUCCGGAAUAUUUUUGUAGAGGUACGUGCGACUGCUGUAUCACUUGGAGGACUAAGCGUAUUUCAAAGUAGCUGAUUUUUUAUAGCCAGUUAUUUAUUAAUGCAGAGAAACUGCAGCAUUGAAAAAUACUACCAAUAACCCAUUCGACUCUUGGGACUUGGGACUCCUGGAACUAAAAUGGUUGACUGGAGUCCGAUAGCGAAGGUAUAUGACCCGCUUAAAGCAGGCAGCAUCGAUGGCACGGACGUGGAGCCCCAUGACCGGGCAGUAUGGAGAGCUAUGUGUGUCCGCUACAAACCCAACAAAGGCGUUGUUGGAGACCCAUUGCUAACACUGUUCGUGGCCCGUUUGAACCCCCAGACAACUGAAAAUAAACUCUGCCAGAUAUUCUCUCAGUAUGGAGACAUCCAGCGGCUCCGGCUAGUCCGGGACAUCAUCACGGGGUUCUCCAAAGGAUACGCCUUCAUUGAAUACAAAGAGGAGCGGUCCAUUGUUCGUGCUCGUCAGGACGCCAACAAGCUGGUGGUGGACCAACACGAAGUGUUUGUGGACUUUGAACAAGAGAGAACUCUUAUUGGAUGGGUUCCACGGCGGCUCGGUGGUGGGCAGGGAGGGAAAAAGGAGUCCGGACAGCUGAGGUUCGGAGGCAGGGACCGGCCUUUCCGUAAACCCAUUAACAUCGGAAUCGGCCCGGUGAAGGAACGUGGAGGGAGGGAGUGGGACUUCGACAAGUCAGGGCUGAGAAACAGGAAGGAUCGUGACCGACACAGAGAGACCGAGUGGGGCAGCAGAGAGAGGAGGAAUUAUCGAGGAAGAGACAUGGAUGACCACAGACAGGGAAACAAGAGCAGGCAUCGGGACAGGAGAUGAGACGCCGAACGAGUCAAUGUUUGUGACAAAUGUUUGAAUGAAAGUUCAGAUACGUUCAUAAAAUGGAAUCCUUUAAGCAAAGUGGACAAACAAUGGAACUGUCAAGGUUCCUGGUGUGUACGGAAGAGUGUGGACUGUGGACAUAACGACCAUUUAAUUCACUGAACAUUUUAAUAAUGUUCGAUUUUGGAUUAUUGGUUUAUGUAUUUGAGAUUGUGGUAAUUGACGCCAGCCUUCAUCUGUCUUUUCCGUUCAUACUAAGCAUCUCAUUUUCUCUCAGGGAAAUGUCACGUAGUAACCGAGCAGUUAGUAUUGUGACUAUUGUAAUUUACCACAUAAAAAUUCUGCUUUACA